GUGGGCGAGGCCAGUGUUGCACGGAAAAGGAACGCGCGUAGCAAUCACGCAGCAGCGAGCCCGAACCCAACCAUUUUUGGAACCGAGUCUGAUCUCUUGAUGGGUGGUUCGCUUCUUUAGUGUCCGCUCCUCCCCAGUCCCUCACGGAAAAACCGGCGGCGGGGCUGUCAGGUCCAUGGCGCCCGCCUGCGCGCUCACCACCGUAGCCAUCCUCGCCGCGCUCCUCUUCUUCGUCCUCCUCUUGCUCAGCCGCACCAUGGAGCUACGUUUCACGACCAGCUAUGCCAUGGUCGACUGCGCCCCGCCCCCUGCCCCUGACGACGGCGCCGCUGCCUUCCGUGGCACCCUCCUGCCGCUCCUGGCCGCGCUGCCUGCAGCCGCCGCGCCGACGGGGUUCGCGUCCCUGAAGUCCGACGGCGGCGGGGCGUUCGCCCGCGGCCUCUGCCUUGGCGACCCUGCGCCGAGAGACUGCCUGGCGUGCCUCGCCGCGGCCGCCAAGAAACUCACCGGCUGCGGCGCGAGCAGGCGCGCCGGCGUCUGGAGGAGCGAGGGCUGCUUCAUGGCGUACGCAGACAGCAACACCUCCUCUGCGCACGAGGACGGCUUCCGCGACGUCGUCUCCUUCGGCGAGGAGGUCUACCCCGCCGUCAUCUCCGUCGACGACGGCACGCUGCCCUCCAUCCCCAACUGCUUCGACACGCGGGCGCUCGUCGCGCUCGCGCGGUCCCUGUCCGGGCGCGGCGCGGGCAACAGCUCGGGGGCGCGCGUCGUCACGGACGCGGCCGCGCUCUCGAGCAACGCCACCGGGAAGACCGCGGUGACGUUGCGGGCGCAGUGCGCGAGGGACCGCGCGGCGGCGGCGGAGUGCGCCCGGUGCCUGGGGGACUCGGCCCGGGGGGUGCGGGCGUGCGGCUGGGUCCUCGACGGCGAGCACGAGCGCGUGGCCGACGUGGUCGGCUACCACUGCUUCCUACGGAUCGAGACCUCAGUCCCACCACGGCCCGUGGCGAAAUACGUCAAGCAACCUGUGGUUUUGGCCUUGUGCGCCGCCAUGCUGCUCGUGCUGGUUGUAACAGCGGUGAUCGCGUGCGUGAGGAAGAAGAGGGGCACCGGGAAUGUGGCGGCGGUAGCAGCAGCAUCAGGUCAGCAAACGAACGCUGCUGCAAAUUGAGGGAGAUGGAGUCACCGGUCAGCACCACCUAUGUACUCACCGCGGGCAGAUCGAUCGGCGAUGCUUUCGUAGCUGGAGUGGGAAUGUGGCCAGGAAUUGGGCACUGCGUUGGCUCUGUCGUCCUGGGUGAUACGAACAUGAACCCAUGUAGUACUCAUUGUCAACUUUAGUACUGAUUGUCAACUUUAUGUCCUAGAUCAGUUUCAGUAGCCAUGUGUGUGCGCCUAUGAGUUCCUUAACUGCAGGCGAGACUUACUUUCAUUGCAAAUCAGAUGACCGGUCUCCACUAA